AUGGGGAAAGGGCAGCACCGGAUGCCUUCGAAGGACGAGCUGGUGCAGCGGUACAACCGGAUGAACACCAUCCCGCAGGUGAUGGGCGGCAUCCAGUUCCAAUUCCUCCAGAGCCGCAACUUGAACUGCAUUGCGCUGUGCGAAGUCAUCACCUCCAAGGACCUGCAGAAACAUGGCAACAUCUGGGUCUGCCCCGUCUCGGACCACGUCUGCACCCGCUUCUUCUUUGUGUAUGAAGACGGCCAAGUGGGAGACGCCAAUAUCAAUACUCAGGACCCCAAAAUCCAGAAGGAGAUCAUGCGUGUGAUCGGGACUCAGGUGUAUACAAACUGA